AUUCUUUUCAAUUUUUACAUUUAAAAAAAAAAACGUGUAGAAGGAAGCAAUAUAAAAGCCAACAAAAUGCACCGCGUUGACACUAUUGUGAGCUGCUGAAACUCUCUCUGACUCAAUCACUUCAGCAACUCUCUCUCCCUCUCCCUCUCUUCUUCUGCAAGUUUAACGUCUUCGACUUCUUUACUUCUGCAAUUUCAGUGUGAACCUCAAUGUUUGAACUAUUUGGUAGUCAAAAGGGGACUGCUUACUUCUUUGUAGAUAAAACUGCAAGAUAUGCUGGGUUGCUUGCCCUUGAAACCAUUGACCUCAUCUUCUGGAACCACAGUAACUAGCCCUACGCAUCAUCCAGGUGAAGCAGGGAAUUCAUCACAGGGAACACCUACUACCUCUGGAACAAGUGCUGUACCUUCACCUACUGUCAAUCUCUCACAAGAGUAUGCACUUGCAGUUCAGACAAGUUCCUACAACGAGAUAUGGUCCAGGAUUCAUGUAGUUGAGCACUAUCAGAACAAUGAGACUGACCAUCAACCACAGCUUUUGUUGUCUCAGGUCCUCCAGCCUGAUCGUGAAGCUGUCGAUGAGGUUCUACAGCAUGCCCCAGCCACCACUUUUACUCAACUCGUCACUGCUUACUUUGAACACAGUGAGCAAACAUGCCAGCUUCUCCUCCUCCUCCACCGUAAUAUUCAUCAUGCCCGCUCCCUGUAUGCCCAUGUACAUGACUUUGUUGACAUCCUACCUACUGACACAGAAUCUAUGACUGAAUUACAAUGCAAUCACGCUUUUGAUGUUUUACUUCAGUUUGAACAGAAAGGGAACCCUUUCCCAUGCCCUGAUUCGAACAACUUUCAAGACAUGCGACUUUGCUUUUUCCAGCUCAAGCAACAGGUAGACCAACGCCUUGAGAAGUCCCGUGGCAGGGUUCGUCAAGUACGCUGUGGCACCACCACAUCAGCAAUAUGUUUAAUUGGGGCAGCUGUUGGAGUUACUAUAGCAGCCAUUGCCAUUGGUGCUCAUGCAUUGGUCGCCCUGGUCGGCUUUUCCGGCUGCCCAAUAAUGUUCCCCUCGAAAAUUACAAAGAGGGAAGAAGCAAAUAUGACACAGCUUGAUGCUGCAGCCAUGAGUGCUUUUGUGCUGCAUCAUUCUUUGGACACCAUUGAUCGCCUUGUCUCACUUCUACAUACUGAAAUUGAGGGGGAUAGGCUUUUGAUUCGCCGUGGGUUGGACUGGGGUAGGGAUAAGUACCUUACAUAUGAAGUGGUGAAGCAGCUAAGGAAGAACCGUGCAAGUUUAUUCGACCAGUUUACUGAUCUUGUGGGGAAAUUUUGCCUCUGCUUUUCUGCAAUCAACAAAACCAGAUCACUCCUUCUCCAAGGGAUACCUCUUUAUCAGAUGUAGUCUUGAUUAGCGUUCAGGUAGUUUAAUUUUAUUUAUUUAUUUACUUUUAUUACAAAAUUGCCCUUUUUGGGAUCCAUAAAAAAUGUCAUUAUUUUUUAAGUUUUCAAUACUACAUGUUCAUAGUAACAAUCUUAACUGAUUAAGUGUACAAUAAUAUAACGGAAAUUUCACCAUAUACCACUGAGUUUAAGCAUAAUUCACCGUAUACCACCAAAAACUUUCUAAUACACCAUAUACCACUCAGUUAUUGUAUAUUAACACAGAAUGCCCUUUUUGUUAACUGUCGUUAGUCUGCCGUUAACGCCGUUAGUAAUUAAGGUUAAUUAUGCCACGUGGCUAUCACAUAUUGGCUCUUAUUAAUAUUAUCUAAUUAAUUAGUUAAAUAAAGAAUUAUAAAAAAAAACAGCCACCACCUCCUCACUCCACCAACCCCGACACCCCCUUCCCCCACCAGCCCAGCUCCCCCUCCC